ACUGACAAAGUUUCAGAAUCAAAUUGCCUUAAGAGUUGCUAAAUACUUCUUUUCAUUUCUGGCCGCAGGGCCGCGGACCGCCCUUUGAGUAGCCCGUUUUAUCUCUGGCGGAGGUGGAGCCUUGAGGCGAAGAGAUUUUCCCGGGAACCGAAGCCAGGUCGUCCAGGCCGGGGAACGCCCCAUUCGGAGGCCGGGCUUGGGCGGAGACUGCGCCAGGGCGGCGGGAGAGGAGUCAAAGGGAGCUGGGUAGCCGGAGGGACCGCGCGCCUGCCGCAGCCGGAGCCUGCGCACCUUGACCGAGCCAUGUGGCUAGAAAUCAUCCUCACAUCAGUGCUGGGCUUUGCCAUCUACUGGUUCAUCUCCCGGGACAAAGAGGAAACUUUGCCACUUGAAGAUGGGUGGUGGGGGCCGGGCACGAGGCCGGCAGCCAGGGAGGACGAGAGCAUCCGCCCUUUCAAGGUGGAAACGUCAGAUGAGGAGAUCCACGACUUACACCAGAGGAUCGAUAAGUUCCGUUUCACCCCACCUUUGGAAGACAGCUGCUUCCACUAUGGCUUCAACUCCAACUAUCUGAAGAAAGUCAUCUCCUACUGGCGGAAUGAAUUUGACUGGAAGAAGCAGGUGGAGAUUCUCAACAGAUACCCUCACUUCAAGACUAAGAUUGAAGGGCUGGACAUCCACUUCAUCCAUGUGAAGCCCCCCCAGCUGCCUGCAGGCCGCACCCCGAAGCCCUUGCUGAUGGUGCACGGCUGGCCUGGCUCUUUCUAUGAGUUUUAUAAGAUUAUCCCACUCCUGACUGACCCUAAGAACCACGGUCUGAGCGAUGAGCACAUUUUUGAAGUCAUCUGCCCUUCCAUCCCUGGCUACGGCUUUUCGGAGGCAUCCUGCAAGAAGGGGUUCAACACGGUGGCCACCGCCAGGAUCUUUUACAAGCUAAUGCUGCGACUGGGCUUCCAGGAAUUCUACAUUCAAGGCGGGGACUGGGGGUCCCUGAUCUGCACCAAUAUGGCCCAGCUGGUGCCCAGCCACGUGAAAGGCCUGCACCUGAACAUGUGUUUGGUGUUAAGCAACUUCUCCACCCUGACUGUUCUCCUGGGACCGCGUUUCGGGAGGUUUUUUGGCUACACCGAGAGGGACAUGGAGCUGCUGUACCCCUUCAAAGAGAAGGUCUUCUACAGCCUGAUGAGGGAGAGUGGCUACAUGCACAUCCAGUGUACCAAGCCUGACACUGUGGGCUGUGCUCUGAGUGACUCUCCUGUGGGCCUGGCCGCCUAUAUCCUAGAGAAGUUUUCCACCUGGACCAAUACGGAAUUCCGAUACCUGGAGGAUGGAGGCCUGGAAAGGAAGUUCUCCCUGGACGACUUGCUGACCAACGUCAUGCUCUACUGGACAACAGGAACCAUCGUCUCCUCCCAGCGCUUCUACAAGGAGAACCUGGGACAGGGCUGGAUGACCCAGAAGCAUGAGCGGAUGAAGGUCUACGUGCCCACUGGCUUCUCUGCCUUCCCUUCUGAGUUAAUCCACACGCCUGAAAAGUGGGUAAGGCUCAAGUACCCGAAGCUCAUCUCCUAUUCCUACAUGGCUCGUGGGGGCCACUUUGCAGCCUUUGAGGAGCCAGACCUGCUCGCCCAGGACAUCCGCAAGUUUCUGUCAGUGCUAGAGCGGCAGUGACCUCCUCCCCCCACAACCCCCAAGUACCCUCCAGGCUUUUCUUGGGGAAGAUACUCCUUUUCUGAGGAAUGAGUCUGCCUCCAUCCCCUGCCUGUGCUGGGAGCCCACGCUCACCCCCUCACCCCUCCAAACUCACUCCCCAACCCCCCACCCCAUAUGGUAAGCAACAUGGCCUUCCUUGAUAAUAAAUGACUUUAUUUCUAACA